AUUUGGCAUUGCGCCUCGGACAUUUGACCCAUCGUGGACGCCGUCGGGAGAAACCCCACCCAGCACCACCAAACGGCCGCGCCUUCUCUGAGCCAACGCCACCUCCGCUUCGGCUCCCUCAACGGCCAGAGCUCGAGCUCCCAUCCUCUCCCAACGCCGGCCGCGUCGUCCUCGUCCCGUUCCUGCCUCCCCUCGACCUCCUGGUACCCCCUCGUCCAGCGGAGAUCCAGCUCGGACGCGGCGUGGGGAGCCAGAUCCUCGACCUCCAGAGCGAGCACGGCGCGGGGCACGAAGGCGGCGGCAGCAGCUGGCGGUCAGAGAAGGUUCCUCUUGUAUUAAGCAUAUUUCGUUGAGACAACAUGCCUAAGAUAAAGACAAGCCGUGUGAAAUAUCCUGAAGGAUGGGAACUUAUUGAACCAACUCUCCGUGAUUUGGAAGCCAAAAUGAGAGAAGCGGAGAAUGAUACACAUGAUGGGAAGAGGAAGUGUGAAGCUCUCUGGCCAAUCUUCCGUAUUUCUCAUCAAAAGAGUCGCUACAUAUAUGAUCUUUACUAUCGAAGGAAGGAAAUAUCAAAGGAGUUAUAUGAGUUUUGCUUGGACCAAGGUUAUGCAGACAAAAACCUGAUUGCUAAAUGGAAAAAGCCAGGUUACGAGCGUCUUUGCUGCCUCCGAUGCAUACAAACACGAGACCACAACUUUGCAACCACUUGUGUGUGCAGGGUCCCCAAGCACCUCAGGGAAGAAAAGGUGAUAGAGUGCGUCCACUGCGGAUGCAAGGGGUGUGCCAGUGGUGAUUGAAGUUGCGAUCUCGUGGUUAAGAAUAAUCUGAAAGAAACUGAUCGAUGAUCCCUCUAGAUGUUUAAUUAUGUUUGAUCCCUGAUGUUUCAAGUACAACACUAGUCAGGUGAUUGGAGCGCAAUGUAUUGUAAACUCUUGGGUUGUGCGUGGCAUUAUGUUUUUAAGACUCGAUUUUUUCCGUCAUGGUAGAUCAUGAUUAUCUUGCUGAAAA